AGCGCGUGGUGUGGGUGUUUUGUUUUUGCCUUGUGUGGCAACAAGAAGUCGUGAAGUGUACAUGUGAGAACGUGGGAAAUGUGUUUUAACGUUGUACAAGUAAAACAUGUGAAGUGACACGUGAUUUUUACCAUAUUUCGGGGACUAAUAUCAAAAGAUCAGCUUAUGAUGGAUUGAAGAAAGCAUCAACGUUAUGUUUGGAUGGCAAUAUUUAGCGCGCAGAAGAACAUUUACUUAAAUCGACAAUGACGCGCUUUGCAAGGGCCCAUGGAUCAAAGUCUUCAAAUGAGCGAUUACCAGAGGCAGCAACAUCAUGGAAUAUAAUGAAACAGCAACUUACAGACAAGCUACAGUCUUCUAAGGCACUUGGAGAUUCAGCUUCAUCUUUCCAAAAGAUUUGGAAAUCAUCAGACUUUGAUAGAGAUGUUUGGAACAAAAAUGAGGUUAAGUGGGCUGAUUUGGAAGAUAGUGAGUGUGCAGAUAAAACUGUGAAAUCUGGUGAAGAGUAUAAUACACUUGAAAAAAAGAAUAAGAAGAGGAAGCAUAAUAAGACAUUUACAAAUGAACAUUUUCCUGAAACCACAGGGGACAACCAGAAAAAAAAGAAAAAAAUGAGGAACAGAGACAGCACUGAAUUUCAUGAGUCUCAGUAUACAGGAAUUAAGUUGUCUAUGCCUGAUGGUGAUUUGCCACAUACUAGUAAUGUUGAAAAGGCAAAGAAGCCCAAAAAAAUGAAGAAAGAAACUAAUGAUGAAGAGGGUAAUAUCAAUGACAUAGAGUUAGAGAAACAUGAAAUGUCGGAAGAUGCAGUGUGUGAAGAAAGUGGUAUAUCUCCAAAGUUCACCAUGGAAAAUAAUAUGAAAAAGAAGUUAGGAAAGAAGCGAAAAAGGAGUCAUGAUAGUAUAUCUGGCAUACAAGAUGAACAGCCUGCCAGGAAAUAUGGAAGUGGUCUGAAUGGAAAGGAGAACGUUAACCUUGAGAAAAGUGGUGAAUCAGAAGCAAGUAAUCAUCAGUUGAAAAAGAAACAUAAACGUUCUAAAAAUAAAAAUAAAACUGAAGAAAGUGGCUGCUUGAAUUUUGUCAAACAGAAUUUCCAUGAAGAAGGUAGUGAAAUUAUCCCAGGUGCAGAUGCUGAUGUGGUGCCAAGUGAAAAGCAUAGAAAGAAAAAGAAAUGUAAAGAUAAUGGAAGCAACAAUGUAGAUGCCAAUUUGAAUGGUGGCAAGCCGAAUUUUCAAUUGGGGGGUAAUGGAAGUCAUACAAGUGUAACUUCAGAGAACGUGCAAAACGAAGGAAGAGAAAAGAAAAGAAAAAAAUUGUGGCAGCAAGAAAAUAACAAGAAAUUCAUGAAAAAACAUAACUUCUCUGUGGAAGAUAGAAAGAUAAAGAAGGGUGAAUUUGAAAAGAAGUAUCUGCACACAACAGUACUACACGUGAAUGGUAAGGAUAUAAAAAUAGUUAAGUUUGAUGGCUUCCCUGUGAAAAAAGAAGACGCAGAAAAUUUAAUACAGCUGAAGAAGAAAAUGAUUGCAAAUGGGAUACCAGCUAGUGAAAUUAAAGCAACAAUGAAGUUGGAGAGGCGCAAGGCAGAGAAAGCACUGGCAAGAGAGAAGAAGAAAGUUUGUUUUCAUUGCAGGAAUUCUGGUCAUGUUCUAUCAGAAUGCCCAGACCUGGGAAAGGCAGAUACAGAUGAUCUUGUAGGAACGGGUAUUUGUUUCAAAUGUGGAUCAACAGAGCACAAGCACUUUGAAUGUCGUGUUACUAGGGAACAGGAAUUUCGUUACGCUAAAUGCUUUAUAUGUAAUGAGCAAGGACAUAUUGCUCGGCAGUGCCCAGAUAAUCCCAGAGGAUUGUAUCCAAAAGGGGGUGCGUGUCAUAUCUGUGGAGAUGUUACUCACCUGAAGAAAGAUUGUCCAGAUCUUAUUAAAGAAAAAGAAGAAAAAAUUAUAAAGUUGCAGACACUGACUGACAAGGCAUUAGAGGCAUUAGAAGAUGAUAAAAACGCGAAGUCUGUCUCACUUAAUGAUGUUAAAAAAAAGAAGACUGUCAAAUUUUAAUGAGAUCUGGAAUUUUGUUUUGUAAAAAAAAAGUAGUUGUUUAAGAUUAAAGGUUUAUAUUUUUAAAAAGAAACAAGUGUUGUAACGUGUUUGGUUUGUCAUGUAAGAGUUUUAUUAUUAUGCAGUGUGUUGAGUUUAAAGAAUAAAUAAUUUUUGAAGUAAAGAUAACAAAUCAAUAAAUACCAUGAAACGAGGUGAAUAGUGACAAAUUUUAACUUUGGUUGAAAAAUUUGCUCACUGUUUGUCAAAUUUAAACAAAAAAUAGUACCC